CGCCCGACUUAUCCCAACCCAGUCCCCGGCACGGAACAAGGCUCUCGCCAUGGACGCGCCUGGCGCGACGGAGGCAACGGAGGAUUCUCCUCGAAUAAGCCCAACGAUGGAGACAUCGGCCGAGCAGAUUGUCCAUUCACCUACCGCCCAUCGCAAGCACCGUACCGAGGACAGGAGUGAAGAGGACCCCAAUGGCGACGACGAUGAAACGGAAGGGGCUGCGAGCGAGGAGGACACCGAAUAUGAUGAGGACGAUGAAGAGGAGGAGGAAGAGCCCCGGCUCAAGUACACAUACAUGACGAAGCAUCUAGGAGCGGUGUAUCGCAACGGGGAUGCAACGAGCUCCUUUCUCGCCGCCGGUGACAAGAUGAUAGUUGGAACACACAAUGGAAAUACUCAUGUAUUAUCCCUCCCUCUAUUCCAGUCGCUGCGUGUGUAUCAUGCACACUCCGCCAGCGUGACGUCCAUCUCAGUCUCGCCCUUCCCUCCACCUUUACCGAGCAUCAAACCGGAAACCCUUACCAGAGUACCCGAAGAUACGAGCCACCCUGUCAAGCCGUCCUCCAGCGCCGGCAGUAUUCGCGGCCAAUCAAGGUCAGGCCAUCAAUCGGCCAUCCCUCCCACACCUUCGAAUGCGAUCUACAUUGCAACAUCUUCUAUGGACGGCAAUGUAUGCGUUGCGUCUCUUGUGGACCCGAAAGAUGUCCUCUUACGGAACUUCGGCAGACCCGUUCAAGCGGUAGCACUCUCCCCAGAGUAUAAGAGCGACCGAACGUUCUUGUCGGGAGGGCGCGCUGGUGAUCUGAUACUCACCACGGGUGGUCGAGUGGGUGCGAGUACGAAUUCGACUACGAUGGGAGGAGCUGCAGCCACGGCUACCAGUUGGCUUGGGUCUUUGGGUCUAGGAGGCAACACGGGCAAGGACAGUGUCCUGCAUAGCGGCGAGGGCGCGAUCAGCACGAUAAAAUGGUCUUUGUCUGGCAAAUACGUGGUCUGGGUCAAUGAAGAAGGAAUCAAGAUCAUGCGAUCCAACCUCCAUCUUGAUUCGGCCGACGCGGAACUUGCUUGGAGACGAGUCAGCCACAUUGACCGCCCCAACCGUACAGGGUGGGAGGAGAUGGCUAGCGUUUGGAAAGCGCGUGCCGAGUGGGUUGACGAACGGUCCUGGGGGAAUGAAGACUCUCUUAAGGCGCGAGAGGGUUCCCAAGCCGAUUCGAUUCCAGCUCAGUCGAUUCCUACCAAGGAGAGGGUUGAAAAGCUGGUGGUAGGAUGGGGAGGUACCGUUUGGGUGAUUGACGUCUACCCUGAUCGGCCCAGCAGGUCCAACAAGGGUCGAAGAAUUGGAUCUGUGGAAGUUGCGACAAUCUUGCGAACCGACUGUGUCAUAUCGGGAAUAUCACUAUAUACACCUACUUUGCUGGUGGUUCUUGCAUACGUCGAGGCGGAGAAAGAGGUUUCGGAAGAAGACCGGACUAAACAUGGUAGUCUUCGUGUUGGAGGUCGUCGGCGCCCAAGAGGCUUGGAGCCUGAGCUUCGCAUCAUCGACAUUGAAAGCAAAGAAGAGCUCAGCGCCGACACCCUUUCCGUCAGCCGUUAUGAGACCCUCACGUCCUCGGACUACCACCUGUGUGCUCUGCCUCCCUGGAAAACCGGUGUCUCUGUCUCUCAGCGUGGGACACUCGAGGCUCUCGGAACUGGGUUGUGGGACGCAACUAUGUAUCCCGCGCGACUGUUCAGCUCGGGCGCAAGUAUUCGCAGCACGACAAGCAGCGGCGACAAAGGCUCCAGUCGGGCGCCGAGCACGUUUGCCUCGCGGAGGAUUUCUGCAGAGGAGCCGUUGUCGAAGGAGGUUCAAUCUAUUGCUGGUAACUCAGGGCCGAAGAUAUUCAUACACAGUCCGUAUGACUCGGUUGUCGCUCUCAAGCGGGAACUGACCGAUCGCCUGGCGUGGCUUAAGGCCCACGAGAAGUACGAGGAGGCCUGGAAGCUCCUUGACGAGCAUCCCGAGGCUGCAGCGACGGCAUCUCAGCCCAUUGAUAGUGUACCCGGUACUCCCGCACGAUCGCAAACCAGUCUUGGGGAAUUCUUUGCCGACGACAGAUCCUCGAUCACGACCACCGGCCGAGGGGUUGGAUCUCCCGCCGAGCAAGAGAAGAGCCGUGUUGGCGAGCUUUGGAUAGAGCAGCUUGUCGACGCAAACAACUGGACUGCUGCCGCUGCGGUUUGCGUGAAAGCAAUACACACCACGGCGAGAUGGGAUCAUUGGGUCUGGACGUUUAUCAAGCACAACAAGAUGGACGAAAUUUCAUCUGUCAUUCCGACUGAUCUGCGGCCGUCGCUGCCUCCAGCUACCUACCAGACCAUCCUUGGUCAUUAUGUCACUACAAAUCGACUGAGGCUCAGGGAGCUGGUGGACUCGUGGUCCUUCGACUUGUUUGAUGCCAACAGCAUUGCGGCAAUGAUCGAAGAGCAAUUGCAGCCUGGUGCGGUCGCGGCUGAAUCAGAGGACUGGCGCAUUUUGAUGGCGUGUCUUGCCAAACUGUAUCUUGCCGGUGGUCACUAUGGCGAAGCAUUGCACUGUUACAUUCGACUCCAAGAUGCAGACACCGCUAUGGCUCUCAUCAAAGAACACCGUUUGCUGGACGAACUCACUAAUGACAUCCCAGCGUUUAUCAUGAUCCGAGUCUCCAAGGCGCAGAUGAAAUCCGCGCCCAUCGCGGAGCUCGAGGAAGUCACUUCUGAACCCAUAAAACUCCUUGUUAGCGAGGCGUACACGGGCAUUGUUCGUCCCGAAAUAGUCGUGGAUCAACUCAAAGGGACAAAUCGACUCUUGUUCUUAUACUUCUAUCUGCGCGCCCUGUGGCGAGGUGAAUCGCUCCCUCACGGCGCCGCCAAACCGCGACGAGGCCGUGGUGCCCACAUUCGGGAUGCGGCCAGCAAGCUCGCGGCCGACGAAGGGAAAGCGCUGGUCGACCACUUCGCGGACACAGCCGCAGAGCUCUUCGCAGACUACGAUCGUCCGUUGCUGAUGGAGUUCCUGCAGACUAGCACCUCGUACUCAUUCGACUUGGCCGUGGUCAUCUGCGAGACUCGCCACUUCACCCCGGAGCUCAUCUACCUGCUCUCCAAGACCGGACAGACUAAGCGAGCCCUGAACCUCAUUCUCUCGGACCUGAAGGACGUCUCGCAGGCCAUCUCCUUUGCUAAGUCCCAAGACGAGCCGGAUCUCUGGGAAGACCUCCUCGACUACUCGAUGGACAAGCCGCGGUUCAUCCAUGGCCUGCUCGUGGAAGCCGGAACGUCCAUUGAUCCCAUCAAGCUAGUCAGGCGCAUCCCAAGCGGCCUGGAGAUCGAGGGUCUCCGCGAGGGUCUUUCCCGCUUGAUCCGCGAACACGACCUACAGGCCAGCAUCAGCCAAGGCGCCGCCAAGGUGCUCCAGAGCGAGGUCGCCGUCGGCAUGGACACCCUCCGAAAAGGCCAGCGGCGCGGCAUCAAAUUCAACAUCAUUGAAGAUGACAAGACCGCGGAUCCCCCCGGCACCCCGUUCGAAGUCGCCGCCAAGGACGAGGUGAAAAGCGAUGCCGAUACGGAGCGUACCUCUCUCCCUUUCGCCUCGUCCUCCUCAUCUUACUCAUCUCAAGCGGGACGAUGCGCGGGCUGUCAGCGCCCUUUCCAUGCCAAUGAAAAGGAAAUCCUCGUCGGCUUCGCCUGCGGCCACGUCUUUCACCUAUCGCACGUCCAUCCCACCGAAUCUCCUACCUCGACUCCGGGUAGCCGGUCCGCGGCCCAGACGCCCAGGCCCUGGGCUCCUUCUCGAACCCAAACCAUGGAUGAAUUGUCGUUGUCUGCGUCCAGGACCGUGGGCCCCAAGGUGACAACUGCCCGACUACUUAGGGACCGCAUCGGAGACGGAUGUCGCAUUUGUGCUUUGGCCAAGGAGAUCGAUAACAUAGGGGAUACCGACGCUUGAGAUCGUCUCUGGAAGUUUCUACCGACAUUGGUGCCGGCGUUCAGUGUACAUAGUAUCGGUUACGGACGCCCAAAACAGGUGGGACUGUCCAGCACAUCUUGACAUUGUGCGCAUGCAAGAGUGACCCUAGGCUUCGACUACCAACGCAUCUAUGGCGAUAGUCUAGCCUCGACAGGCGAUGUUUGUUUGUUUCUUAGGAGAUACCCAUGGUAGUGUAACAUCUACAAUGCGAGCAAUGUUAAAUCAUUUAG